AUGGAACUCGAUAACCUCCAAGCCCGGAUGGGCGACAUCCUUGAGCAAGCCUCAGUGUACUUCCAUAAAGUCCCUGGUUCUGCUGUGUUUCUUCGCUAUAUCAAGUCGAGUUACCAGAACGAUCCCGUGCGAUCCGCCAUUGAGGCCAUACUGUUACUCUUCUUCGUCCGCUAUCUUCUGUCGCCCUCCUAUUCGACACAUAAGCAGAACUACGUCAAGCUGAGGGAGGACGAGAUCGAGGAAUUGAUCGAUGAAUGGCAGCCCGAGCCUCUUGUUGAGGAGCAGGACGCUUUUGAAGCUACUGAAACCGAACGCCUUCCCGUCCUUGUUGGUCCCACCGGUCCCAAAUCGAAGUUAGCCAACGGCCGAACCGUCACCAAUCUCGCAUCCUACAACUUCUACAACUUUAACGGAAAUGAUCAGAUCAAGGAAAAGGCGAUUCAGGUUCUGCGCACCUACGGUGUCGGUCCCUGUGGCCCUCCCCAGUUCUACGGCACUCAGGACGUUCAUAUGAAGACCGAAGCUGAUAUCGCCGCGUAUCUGGGUACUGAGGGUUGUAUCGUCUAUGCACAGUCUUUCAGCACCAUCUCUAGUGUCAUUCCUUCUUUCUGCAAGCGUGGCGACGUCAUCAUUGCUGACCGAAAUGUCAACUUUUCUAUUCGCAAGGGUCUCGAGCAGUCGCGAAGCACUAUCCGCUGGUUUGAGCACAAUGACAUGGAUGAUCUGGAAAAUGCCAUGAAAGGUGUUGCCAAGGAGCAGGCCAACGCCAAAAAGCUUACUCGUCGUUUCGUCGUGACCGAGGGUUUGUUUGAACUCUCAGGAGAUUCCAUCGAUUUACCCCGUCUGGUUGAGCUCAAGGAGAAGUACAAGUUCCGUGUUAUUCUGGAUGAGACUUGGUCUUUUGGUGUUCUUGGCCGCACUGGUCGUGGUAUCACAGAGGCGCAGAACGUGGACCCCCAGCAAGUUGACAUGAUCAUUGGUUCUCUCGCUGGCCCUCUCUGCGCUGGUGGUGGUUUCUGCGCCGGUCCUAAAGACGUUGUCGAGCACCAGCGUAUCACCUCGUCUGCUUACACCUUCUCCGCUGCUCUUCCUGCUAUGUUGGCUGUCAUUGCCAGCGAAACCCUCAACUUGCUUCAGUCCAACCCCGAAAUCCUGUCCCAGUCACGCGAAAACAUCAAGGCCAUGAAAGCACAACUGGAUCCCCGCAGUGACUGGGUCUACUCUCCCAGCGACCCUGAGAACCCUAUCAUGCUACUUGUCCUGAAGCCGGAAGUUGUCGCCGCACGAAAGCUGGAGCUUGAAGAUCAAGAGCGCAUUCUAUGCGACUGUGUUGAAGAGACUCUCGCCAAUGGCGUUUUGAUUACAAGGACCAAGACUCGACCUUAUGCCCACGCCGUUAAGCCUAAGGACGGCGCUUGGUUUGCCCAGCCUGCUCUGCGAGUUUGCGUCACAUCCGCGCUGUCUAAGAAGGAUGUCGAGAAGGCCGGUGUCACUAUUCGCCAUGCCAUCACCAAGGUCAUGACCCGCAAGACGAGUACCAAGGCUAUUUGA